UAAUCGAUCGAGACCGCUCACGAAAAAGGAAGAGUCAUCUUUUAAAUUCGACGCGACGGCUCCGUAACGCGUCAAACCGCGAAUACGAAUUGGAUAUAAGGUGAAUCGUCGCCGAUAGAAAGAGACCGUGGCUCGUUCCUUGCGCAGGUACAAACCCACAGGAGAGAUGGUGGAGGUGCUCUUGGACCGUGUCGAUGGCCAGGAGGUGACGAUCGUCGAGUCGGACUGCAUACCAGAAUCGCCGACGGAAAAUUCGCCCAACGAGAAGCUGUCGCCGAUCCAGGAGUUUUAUUAUGGCCAGAGUAUUUUUAUCACCGGCGGCACCGGUUUCAUGGGCAAAUUGCUUAUCGAGAAGCUCCUGAGAACGUGCCCCGGAGUAACGUCGAUCUACCUUCUGGUACGUCCGAAAAAGGGCAAGGACGUGCACCAACGCACCGAAGAGAUCUUUGACGACCCGGUAUUUGCAAAGCUUAGACACGAACAGCCCAAGUUCCGGCAUCAGAUUGUCGCCAUAGCGGGAGACUGCAGUCAACCGAAUCUCGGAAUAUCCUCGCAAGAUCGGGCCACUCUUAUUCGAGAAGUUUCGAUCGUUUUCCACGUCGCAGCUACGGUCAGAUUCGACGAGAAGUUGAAGUUGGCAGUGCCCAUUAACGUCAGAAGUACAAGGGACGUUGUAAAUCUCUGCAAGGAGAUCACCAACUUGAAGUGUUUUAUUCACGUGUCUACUGCGUAUGCAAAUUGUCCGCAAAGUGUGAUCGAGGAGAAGUUUUAUGACCCGCCAAUGGACUCUGACAAAUUAAUUGCGUUAAUAGAAUGCUUGGAAGAUAAGCUCGCUGAAGAUAUAACUCCGCAAUUAUUAGGAAAAUGGCCAAAUACAUAUACCUUCACGAAAGCAGUUGCCGAGAACGUGAUCAGGAAGGCUGGCGACUUGCCGAUUGGCAUUUUUCGUCCUGCCAUUGUGAUCUCAACAUAUCAGGAACCAACGCGGGGUUGGAUCGACAAUCUAUACGGCCCAACGGGAGUUGCAGCCGGUGCUGGAACUGGAUUGCUGCGAUCGAUCCACUGUGACGGCUCAGUACAUGCAAACGUCGUACCUGCCGAUUUAACAGUUAACGCUCUAAUCGCAUGUGCAUGGGAUGUAGCGAACGAUCAAAGAUCGAACAACAAAUCGCGUAGCGAAAUUCCGAUUUAUAAUUACGUGUCUACGGAUAAUCCGAUAACGUAUGAUGAUCUGAAGGAAAUGUCAUCGAAAUAUGGUCUCGAGAUUCCCUCCACCAGGGCGGUUUGGUACUAUAGCUUCAGAAACAAUAAGCACAGGAUAGUCCAUCUCUUUUUCGUAUAUUUCUGGCACCUGCUUCCAGCUUUACUGGUCGACACCGCAACUGUCUGCAUAGGAAGACAACCGAGGUUACUUAAGGUUUACAAGAAGAUACACAAAUUUAUGGAUGUGUUGAACUACUUUUCCACGCAAGAAUGGAAAUUUACCAAUGACCGGCUACGCGCGCUGAUGGGAAAGCUCACGUUUAAAGAUCGUGAAAAAUUCUACUUCGAUAUACGAGAUGUCGAUUGGAACACUUAUUUCGAGACGUACAUUCGCGGAAUAAGGGUGUACCUGAUUAAGGAUCCCUUAGACACCUUGCCGCAGGCACGCGUCAAAUGGCAAAGAUUAUACUGGAGCCACCAAGCGCUGAAACUCAUACUGGCCUACAUCGCCAUGAGGUUCUCCUGGACAGCUAUAUCUACGAUCUUCGAUUUUCUUUACCCGAAAGUGUGACGGGAAUAGUAGAAGCUGAUAAAGCCCGAAAUCCAAGAUGAAUGCGUCUUGAAGAUUGCGGGACUGAACGGUGGAGGGCGAUAUUUUGUGCUUUUUUAAGGAAGAAGCGCGACUGGACUCUUUAGAGAAGCGUGAAACUUUCGUCAAAGAGGUAUGGAAGAAUCAGCGGAGAGCCAUGUCGUAACUCUAUGUACACAAUAGGCUAUUGCGAAACGGAAACACAAUGUAUGAGCGGCACGAAAUGUGAUAGGGGUAGAGUAGAACAGCAGCAAUUCGAUCGUAUUUUCUGAUUCCGACGAUCUUCGCGCAGAUAAAUUACGCGUAAGAAUCAUACACGUUGUUGUGCGUUCAAAGUAGGUUUUAUAGAUGUCAUCUGAAAGAAGAGUUAAAUUCGGCCGGCGCUUGUUUCGUACAAAAUGCGCCAGUUAAUUAAAUUUUCAAUAUCCAGACGCAACGAUAUGGAAUUUUAUGUAUUAUAGAAUGCUUCAAAUUCAACAAAUGUGUUAUAUAUAUAUACAAAUAAAAAAAUCAGCAUAAUACAGGUAUCGUUCCGGUUCGUGGAUAAUAUUUUGACUCAAGUCAUGCACCAUGAAUCUAGUUCAUUAUUCUACAUUAUCCGAACGAGUUAACAAUUAUGUCUUGUAGUACAUGGGUAAGAGAUUUUAAAUAAAAUUAUCGUGGGAUCGAUAGUUCGUUACUUCCUAUCGUAGUGGCGACUAAUUAGUAUUUGAAAGUAACAACGUUCUGAAAUUAUGGAAACUCGCGUGCACAUGAAGAAAUGCAAUCUUUAAUUAUUUAGUAAAAGUUAAUAAAAGUGUUCUUACGAAAGCAUUUAAAUCUCGUGAGUAUAAAUGUUAUAACGAGGGCAUUUAAAUCUCGUAAACGAAAUAAAUCGUUCUUUUGCUCAUCUAAGCUGAAUUUUAAGCUUAAUUUCCCCCCCGAUCGUCCGCACAGGCAUUGAAUUCUCCCUGACUUUGCAUUACUUUCGAUUUCAACAGAAUAUAGCGAGUAAAAACAAUUGUUUUACCGCGACAGUCAGAAAGAUUGUUAUCGCGAUGGCGAAAGUGAGUCAAAGUCGAUGCGCGAACUUACGCGGCUUUGCGCAAUCCGAUUAAGCCCAUGCUCGCACACCUGUUCGUUCUGCUCAUUUCACGAAUCAGCAUUUCGUCGUGCGUGCCACAAUCGUCGCGACGAGCACAGAGAAAGACGCGACAAAACAACACGCAUUGUUUCGCGAGAAGAUUGAAAAAGAAAAAAUAAAAUAAAAACACAUAUACAUUAUACUUGAUAAUUUAUGCUUGAUAAUUGUAUUUUGUUUUUACUGUUAGAUAUUUUAUAGAGACAUGCGCGUGUGUGUGUGAGCGAACCAAAGGGCUCUCAGACAGCUGAGAGAAAGCGUUUAUUUUGUUGACAGUUGCGACGUAGAUGCCACGUUACAUGCGUGGCGCGCGAUCGCAUGCGCGCCCAUGCGUAUGGCAAUGCGCGCUGGUAUAUGGCGAUGCAUAAUGAACAGAUCGAGAUGCAACUAUGCUAUUUAAGUAACUCGUUGCGAACGAAUGCGAGUCGUUAACGGACGUUUUAACUGGGAAGACUUGGAUUUCGAUGCGCCGCUCGAUGUCGGUUUAUCCGAGGAACGUACGCGUCUGGCGGAGUUUUUAUCGAUGAUUAAUGGGCGAAGCUUAUAUAAUUAAGAUAAAUGAGAUCGAACGUUUGAUUCUGUCAGAAAAGUCGUAGUAAACCAGUUAUACUCGGUUCUUUCACGUUCCUUGACAUCAUUAAAUCAAAAAGAGCGUCAUUAUUCUUUAUUAGGAAACGUUCGCAUUCUAUUCUCUCUUUUUUUUUUAUUAGCGAAGUCACGUCAAAAUCACAGAGAUCAUUAAGGUCGUAGAAAGAAAUCAGAAGCAAAAAAAAAAGUUGGCCCAUGAGGGGAUCGAACCCGCGACCUUCGCGUUAUUAGCACGACGCUCUAACCAACUGAGCUAAUGGGCCAGACAUUGAACACGCUCCAAAUAAUGUAUUUCAAUCGGUUACAAUCUUUGCAUAAGAAUGAAGGAAAGAUAAAUAUCGCGAAUUAAUUAAACGAUCGUGUUCGCCCGUUUAUUUAUUCGACAACCACGGUGAAAGGGAUAAAAUAAUGGUUUUUCAUAUUUUUAAAAAUUUUUUCAAUUUUUUUGUUUCUAGAAUCUAGACAAUAAGAUGAUAAUUUAAUUAAGUUUGAGUUUGAAUGGGAAACAAUCGGUAUAUAGGCACGUGAAGGGAUCUGAAGGAUAUGUGUAUAGCGGUAUACGAGCGUCUUGAAAGUAUCACAUGGUCGUUGUUGUUGCGAAAUAUCUUUUGUUAUAAGUUUCAUAUAAGAUUUUGUAAAAUAAAAAUAUUUGUAUAUAUA